AUGACUUCACUUCUUCGCAGGGACGACGACGAUGAUGACACCGUCUUCACCUAUGUCAAUCCUUGGGUAGAGCUCAAUGCAGGACUUUGGAGCCUUUUUGCCGGCGCAACCAUUCUUUUAGCGCUCCGCCUUUGGUGCAAAGUCGCCCGCCGACACGGGCUGUGGUAUGAUGAUUAUGUUCUCGUAGCAGCUUGGUCUGUUUUGACAGCCAACAACAUUCUCAUCGUCUAUGAGUUCGCUACUGGCUACAUUCUGGAGAACUCAACAAAGAAGUGGGAUGACCGCAUGCACAUUCUUAUCAAUAUUUCGUCAUGUGGUACACUUAUUGGGCAAGCAUUAAGCAAAACAGCAUUCGCUGUAACUCUGUUGAGACUAAGUAAGCGCUGGCAGCAGUGGCUUCUCUGGUUUUGUAUCGUCACCAUGAACUCAUACAUGGUUGCCAAAGUCAUUCUUCAAUGGGCCAAGAUUUGCGGUAAGGCUAGUUACGAUGUUUGGUAUCGGCUGGACAUAUGUCUCGACUCGGAAUUCCGUGACGGUUUCAAGGAGGGCGGUAACGUUUACAACAUCAUCAUGGAUUUCAUAUUUGCAUGUCUCCCAUGGCUGAUAGUUCGGCACCUGGAAAUGCGUAAAAUCGAGAAAAUUGGUCUCUGUAUUACGUUAAGUCUUGGCAUGGUAGUUGCUAUUGUUGCGGCAGUAAGAGUUAGCUGGAAGGAUGACGGGAAUACGCGUGACCCUUACUAUAUCUAUCGAAACGCGGUGUCACAAGUCUGGUAUUCAUCGGAAAUAACGGGAACCAUCAUGGUGCAAUGCAUACCAAUACUUCGGACAAUGAUCAAGGAGAUACAAACGUCCUUGACAUCGAGGAAAUUAGGCUCGCAUUCGGAGGGCCCAAGCACAUUACUCGGCAGUAGUAAACGCAACUCAAAACGCGCAUCGGCUGGUAUCAAAAUGGAGCUUGUCAGGAAGGGAUCAGAAAGAGUCGUCCUGAAAGAGAUUCCGGAAGAACCAAAAGGGACUUGGGAGGCGCCCACAUCAUGGAAGAAGAUGGGUACCGGCGAGUCUUUAUCGUCCUUGGACGAGGAACGCGCAAUGCCGAUCUCGCCUCGGUCUGAACGCUGGAUGAGACGCGAGAGCGAGAACUCGGUGGGAUAUGCCCCCCGGAUGGGACAGAGCUUGGAGUCGGAUAGCGAUGGGUUACAUUCUUUCACUGGAAUUGCUAUUGAACAAAAUGACGGCUUGUCACCGCCACCGCAGCGGAAGCAGGAUUCCGUGAAUUGGCCAUUGGGGUGA